AUGCUCUCAUCUUGCUCAAUUAGAAGAGUCGGAGGAUGUUAUUUUAGUAGACGCUGGUUAAGCUCUCAAAAUGACAUUCCAAUCUACUCCACCAAAGAGCCUUUGGUAGAUAGAAAGUCUGUUUUUGUGGCUCAUGUAGCUCAAGUUCAGAAUGUAGACCAAGUUCGAGUAGUACGUGCUAGAUUACUUGAAAACAAAAAAAUUGCAAAGGCAACCCAUAAUAUUAUGGCAUAUCGCAUCAUAAGCGGUAAUCAGAUUCUGGAAAGGGGUGACGAUGAUGGAGAGACUGCUGCAGGUGGGCGUUUAUUACAUCUAUUACAAAUGGCCAAUGUUGAAAAUGUGAUGGUAAUCGUGAGUCGGUGGUUUGGAGGCACGCAACUGGGUGCAGAUAGAUUUAGAGAUAUCAAUAAAUGCGCUCAAGUAGCACUCAAGGAAUGUGGCCACAUCAAAGGAAAACAUCAAUAA